AUGGCUCUCCUUAUCGGGAAGAGAAUGAGGCCUAUUAGGGCUGGUUGGAUUCAGUCUUGGGGUCUGUGGCUUUUCCUUGGUUAUGCAUUGGUGAUUUCAAUGAUAUGCUUUGGGAUUUUGAGAAGAGAGGUGGAAGAAGGUUGGACAACAACAGGAGAAGAUAUCUACAGGAAUUUCUAG